AUGAAGGAUUACAAGUGUAGUCUGAGCCUAACAGAUAACAAAGGUUGGAAUGCUAUUUAUUAUUCAUUUUUCUAUCGUCAUGCUCACGUCAUUAAGUAUCUGGUAGAGAAUCAUCAAAUCGAUUUGUCCAGAACAGUUCACAUGUCAUUAGAGAGGGGUGACUGGAAUACAUUGAAGUAUCUCAUUGAUAAUAAUUAUUGCCAUCCUAAUGUAACCAAUCAUCAAGACCGUACACCACUACAUUUUGCUGUAGCAACUAAUGAAUAUGAAAUAUUAGAAUAUUUACUGAGUAAGAGUAUACCCUCAAUGAGUGUUGUCUGGUUACCCUGUCAACAUGGACGACAGAAUAUGGUAUCACUAUUACUAAAAGCCAGUCUGUCUAACAAUAACUUAUUAAUUACUAACAAGAAAGGACAGACACCAUUACACUUAGCAGCUGCCUCUGGUCAUAAGGAUACCGCUGAAGCUUUACUGUUCUCAGUCACUGGUAGUUCUACUCAUCAUGAUCUCCUUACAGCUACUGAUAAUGAAGGAUCCACUGUAUUACAUACAGCUUGCAGUAAUGGCCAUAUUGAUGUGUUUCAUUAUUUAUCCAGUAUUUAUCCUCAAGGUAUUAAUGUAAUGGAUAAUAGAGGACGUGGUUUACUUCAUGCAGCAUGUGAGGGAGGAGAUAAUGGAAUAGUAAGAACACUAAUUGAGACACAUGGAAUGGAUCCUUUAGCAGAAGAUAAAGAUGGCAUCACCUGCUUACACUUACUAGCAGAGAGAAAGAGAGUUUAUAUAUACCAGUAUUUGGAACCAAACAUUGUCUCUAAUCCAAUACCUAAAGACAAGUCUGGUCGUACUCCUCUUCAUUAUGCUUCUCGUUCUGAUAAUAUUGCUUUUACUGGUUCAGUUACUGUACAGUAA